UUUAUCCCCAUCCAUCUCCAACCCUCUGCUAUAGGAAAUCCAAAAGACGUAGUCGGAGUUACAGAGCAAGCGGAUUCUUGACGACAAGGAAACCAAACCCCCUUUACUCUACUCUCUGCACACAGCAAUCCUUCAUCACAAGGAACAGAAAGUGGAGGGAAAAAGAAAAAAAGAAACAACCCCAAAAAGUCCAGUUCUUGAUAAGAUCUACUAUAGUAAUUUUGGCACCCCAACUCUCUCCACCUAUAAACUGUUUGAAGAAUCCCCUUCUCAGAUCGCCAAAUCCAAUUCGAUUCUCCCCCUCUCGGAGCCCUGUUUUGCAAAUUCCAUCCACCAAUUCAGUCUUCACCCGAGAGAAAGACGGAGAGAGAGAGAGAGAGAUGAAUCAAUACCACCAACACCACCGGCGGGCGAGGAGGAUGGAGCCGGACAAUGCGCCGGAGAUAUUCGCGGCCUUCUUCGAAGGUUGGCUGGUGAGGCAGGAGCAGUACCUGGAGGAGCUCCAGACGGUGAAGCAGAAGAUGGAGGAUUUGAGGGAGGACGACCUCCGGGACCUGGUGAACCGGGUCCUGACCCACUACCAGCACUACUUCGAGGAGAAAUCCCGGGUCACCCAAUCCGACGUGUUCGUUCUGUUCUCGCCGCCGUGGUUCUCGGCGCUGGAGCGGAGCUUCCUGUGGAUAGCCGGGUUCAAGCCCGGGCUGGCGUUCCGGGUGCUGCGGGACUCGGUCAACGAUUUGUCGGAGGAGCAGGAGCGGCGGAUUGCGCGUGUCAGGGAGGAGACGAGGAUGGAGGAGAGGAUGCUCAACGACGAAUUGGCCAGGAUCCACGAGAGCGUCGGGGCCCCGCCGGUGAGCGGCUGGGGGAGGACGCGCGGAAGGGAGGUUCUGGCGGCGGAGGAAGGGAGUGGGAAUGGCCCGGCGCCGGAGGCGAUUAGGUCGGCCCUGGAGAAUCUGGUCGGGAACGCGGAUACGCUGAGGACCUACACGGUGAUGAGAAUCGGUCAGGUACUGAGGCCGAAGCAGAACGUGGAGUUUGUGGCGGCGGGGACCAGGCUCCAGCUCACCGUCAGGGCAUUGGGGAUGGGUAAAGCUGCUGUCGCCGCCGCCGCCGUCGCUCCAGAUGAAUCGCUACAAGACUCUGCUGCUGCUGCUCGUCGUCGCACGUAAUUACUAACCAUAGUAAUAAUAAUAAAAAUAUAUAAUUUUGUAAAAUCCCACUAGUCAGUCAUAUUUAGUUGGUUAAUUAGUUAGUUACUUAACAAGAGUAAUAAACCCCCACAAUGGAUGGUGGGAUUAUAAGAGCAAUGGAUCACAGGUGCUUCACUUUCAGUCCUUUUCAUUCAAAUUUAUGGAUUAAUGGUGCUUUGAGUAGGUAUCUUUGGGCUCUUCUAAAGCCUUCUAGAUCUUUAUAUGGUGAUUAUUGUACUAAGUAGGUGAUUAUUGUACUGCUUAUAUUUGCUGUUUCACCAAGCUUAUGUUUCCCAUUGUGCUUGCCCAAAUUUGCUCGUGCCUCGUGGUAUAAUGGAUACGGCACCAAGAUAAAAAGCUAACGAGUGU